UUCUUUUCACAGACUUCCUACACCGACAAAGGACCCAAACCUGAAUUCGGUAAAUUCUUGGCCUUCGAUCAUUUAACCUUCUAUGUGGGUAAUGCUAAGCAGGCCGCCAGUUAUUAUACCACCCGCAUGGGUUUCACUCCUCUCGGCUAUCAGGGUUUGGAAACUGGCAGUCGUCGUUAUGCCAAACACGCGGUGAAACAAAAUAAAAUUGUUUUUGUUUUUGUAUCGUCCUAUGAGACGGAUGAUGAAGAACAUGGUCUGCAUUUGAUGCGUCAUGGUGAUGGUGUUAAGGAUGUUGCAUUCGAGGUGGAAGAUAUUGAGGCAAUUUUCAAUUUGGCCAAGGAGCGGGGAGCUGAGGUGGUGCGUGAGCUGUGGGAGGAAUCGGAUGAAUUUGGUACUGUGAAAUUUGCCACAAUUAAGACGUACGGUGACACCACCCACACCUUUGUUGAUCGCCGCAAUUAUAAAGGUGUCUUCCUGCCCGGCUUUAAAGCUCCCGCCGAAGAUCCUUUGCUGAAACUGUUACCCCCAGCCAAAUUGGAUUUCAUCGAUCACGUUGUCGGCAAUCAACCCGAUUUGGAAAUGGAACCUGUUGCCGCCUGGUAUGAACGUGUCUUGCAAUUCCAUCGUUUCUGGUCGGUAGAUGAUUCACAAAUUCACACUGAAUAUUCCGCCUUGCGUUCCAUUGUCAUGGCCAAUUAUGAGGAGACAGUGAAAAUGCCCAUAAACGAACCGGCCAAGGGUAAAAAGAAAUCUCAAAUUCAAGAAUAUGUUGAAUAUUAUGGUGGUGCUGGGGUCCAACACAUUGCCUUGAAUACCAGUGAUAUUAUUUCGGCUAUACAAAAUCUGCGUGCCCGUGGCAUGGAAUUCUUGACCAUUCCCUCAUCGUAUUAUGACAUUUUAACGGAGAAUUUGAAACACAGCCGUACCAAGAUCAAGGAAGAUAUGGAGGUGCUGAAGAAAUUGAAUAUUCUCAUCGAUUACGAUGAGAAUGGUUAUUUGUUGCAAAUCUUCACCAAGAAUAUGCAAGAUCGUCCCACGUUGUUCUUGGAGGUUAUCCAGCGUCAUAAUCAUAAUGGUUUUGGUGCCGGCAAUUUCAAAUCCCUAUUUACCGCCAUUGAAAUUGAACAGGAGAGACGUGGCAAUUUGUAAAUUGCUUCUUCUUAUUCUUC